ACUUAAUUUGCCAGUUUCAUCGUAAGACCCUUCAUAGUCAGAUGAUGGCAGCCAUUCCUAAAACUCUUUUGAUUUUUCUCCUGGGAUAUUUAUGCAGCGCGGAUCAGAAAGGUUUGUUAUUCCUAAUUAUGUCAAUAUAUGAUUUUACAUUGCUACACACUACUGCUAGCAAACAUGGAAUGGUGUAUAGACGUAGAGCUGUAAUGUUUGUUAUUAGUUGUAUUAUUAUGAGUAGAAUGCUGGUUUUCAUCCUAAUAUUGAGUUUUUCAAUUGAAGAAACAAGGUGUAUUUCACUGGCAAGAUUCAGUGACAAGGACAACAGACUGUUGAAAUGAAAAUUCAAAAAUAUGCUUAUUUUAUUAUAUUUUAAAUGUACAAGCUGACAGAGAGCUAUGCAUAUUUUUGAGUUUUCUUAGUUUUUCAUUUGAAGCCCAAUUGCUUUAGCACUUUAUUCACUUAUUUUUAGGAGCAUAAUAUGUGUGUUUGUCUUCCUUUAAUAGGUCUUUAAAACACUUGACUUUGAAAAAAUAAGGGUGAUUUAGUUUCAGUUUAUGAUCAUACACUGUGUGUGUAUAUAUAUAUAUAUAUAUCAUAAAAAAUUCAGCACACACUUAGUCAUUCACAAACAGCAAUUUCAAAGCUCACAGAUGUUAAGUUAUUUGUUGUUGUUCUUUUUUUUUUUUUGCUUUUUUUUAAAACCCCUAAUCCAGGCAAAAACAAGGGAGGGGUUUCGUUACAGUAUGUGGUCCAUUGCAUAAGCCUGCCAUGCCAUUUCUAUAUAUAAUAGAGCCAAAAAGAUUAUGGUGAGGCCAAAUACAAUAAAAUUCCCCACACAGCAAUCAGGAAAAUGACUGUUGUGCAAUACCUGUGCAUCUCAAGUUGGACUUUGAAAGGUCCUCCUUGGACACAGAAAUCAAGAAAUCAUGUUUCCACAACUAUCCCAGAGUUACCAGCUUGACAUGCAAAUUAAAAUAAACAUGCAUUGUGUUUCAGACUUCAUUCUGCACUUCUGCAGGUAGCCUUAGCAAUGGAUGCAAGUGCAAGGAGUACUUUCCAACGCCAACUUGAAAUAAGCAGGUGACAAGCAGUCAUUUUCCUUAUUGCACUGGGGUGGUUUUAUUUUGUUUUGUCCUGCCACCAGUGGCGGCACUAAUUUAGUGAGGACUAUGGUGCAAGAAAUACCUCCCCACCCCUUCCAUCCAUACCUCCCUACCCCUUUCAUCCAUACCUCCCUACUCCUGAAAUCCUGGUCUCAGCCCUCCUCUCCUUCCCAAGUAGGAGUAGGGGUAAAAUAGACAUGGCACUUAGCAUCUUCCCACACACCUUACACACACCUUAGGUAAAAGUAGCGCAGGCUCUGUACAAAUAUAUGGCUCCCGUCCCUGCUUUUUUAUCUGUUAUGACAGAGGAGUGGGGCCUCUCCAUGUACGGUGCGCUGUGUGGGUCAGAAUGAGCACCGGGUACUUACGUGACACCUGGUGCUCUGAAGCAGAGCACUAGGGGAACGCGCUCUCCUGCUAGUAUGCUGUGCGUGUGGUUCCCUUAUGGAGCUGCACUCUACCAGGGGGCGCAGGGGACGCAUCCCGAGAGGGGAAUAAAAGUUUGCUGUCAGUCUGACAAAUCCUAUUUGCGCCUCCCACAGGGCCUAGCUUCACCAACCCCUAGGUACGGCCCUGUCACCCAGGCCCGGAUUAACAUAGGGGCUGAUGGAGCUGCAGGCCCAUUGAAUAGGCCCAUAUAAAGUUUUUGGGUUUUUACACACUAUUCUUAGGUUUGCCACCUGACUAGUAUUUGAGGCUGCUGGCCGGUGCCGGUAUUGCAGUUAUAUCGGCAAUACAAAUGCAGAUAUUUUUCUCAGCAUAAACGGAGAUUACUCUGCAACACCAGCACCAGCCAAAAGGUAUCACUAUGUGUGGAGAGAGGCAGGGAUAGGAAGUUACAGCAUAUCCCUCCCUGCCUCUCUCUAAUCACUGAUCCGCGGGGGAGUAGCUACACAGCACAGAGAGUCCAGACAGCAGAGACAGUCUAAAGCUCAGGUAAGUGAAGGAUGGGGGAAAGGCAACAUGGAGACAUGGGGACACUGAGACAUUGGGAAACCUGAGGACACUGAGACACUUGGGGAUGCUGUGAGACAUAGGGACAUUGGGAGACACAUUGGGACAUGGAGACACUAGAGACACAGUGUCUCCAUGUGUCCCCAUGGUUCCCAGUGUCCCCUAGUCUCCCAGUGUCUGUGUCCUCCUGUCUCCCAAUGUCCCCACAUGUCUGCGUCCCAAUGUCUCUUAGUGUCCACAUGUCUCCCAGCCAGUGUCCCUAGUAUCUGUGUCCCCAUAUCUCCCACUGUCUUAGGCAGAAAGAGGCUAAGUAAGUUAUAAGAGCUUCCAAAUCACACACAGAAGAGAAAAUAGCACAGUCAGUAAAAAAAGGGGACAAAACAUUUUUAAAUACAUAAAUGAGAAAAGGAAAGUAAAACAAGGAUUAGUUAGAUUCAAAACAAAAGAAGGGAGGUAUGUAGAAGAGGAUAAAGGUCUAGCUCACUGCCUCAAUGAAUAUUAUUGUUCAGUACUUACAGAUGAAAAUGAAGGAAGGGGCCUCAGUUAGGAAAAAAGGACAAAUUAGUCAUUUGUUAUAUGUGAGUGUACAGAGGAAGAGGUUCUAUUUCAACUGUCAAAAGUAAAGACAAAUAAGUCAAUGGGACCUGAUGGAAUACACCCAAAGUUAUUAAAAGAGCUUAGUGGUGUACUAGCAAAACCAUUAACAAAAUUUAUUUAACCAAUCAUUGUUAACAGGAGUAGUCCCAGAAGAUUGGAAGUUAGCGAAUGUUGUAGGAGUCACUAAGUUUGGAUUCCAAUAUUGUUGAAUGGGUAAGGCAGUGACUGAGUGACAGGCAACAGAGGGUUGUAGUCAAUGGAGUAUAUUCGUAGCAUGGGCUUGUCACCAGUGGGGUACCUCAGGGAUCUGUACUUGGACCCAUUCUCUUUAAUAUUUUUAUUAGUGAUAUUGCAGAAGGUCUUGAUGGUAAGGUAUGUAUUUUUGCUGAUGAUACUAAGAUAUGUAACAGGGUUGAUGUUCCAGGAGGGAUAAGCCAAAUAGCAAAUGAUUUAGGUAAACUAGAAAAAUGGUCAGAGUUGUGGCAACUGACAUUUAAUGUGGAUAAGUGCAAGAUAAUGCAUCUUGGACGUAAAAACCCAAGGGCAGAGUACAGAAUAUUUGAUAGAGUCCUAACCUCAACAUAUGAGGAAAGGGAUUUAGGGGUGAUUAUUUCUGAUGACUUAAAGGUAGGCAGACAAUGUAAUAGAGCAGCAGGAAAUGCUAGCAGAAUGCUUGGUUGUAUAGGGAGAGGUAUUAGCAGUAGAAAGAGGGAAGUGCUCAUGCCAUUGUACAGAACACUGGUGAGACCUCACUUGGAGUAUUGUACACAGUACUGGAGACCAUAUUUCCAGAAGGAUAUUGAUACUUUAGAGAGAGUUCAGAGAAGGGUUACUAAACUGGUUCAUGGAUUGUAAGAUAAAACUUACAAGGAAAGGUUAAAGGAACUUAACAUGUAUAGCUUGGAGGAAAGACGAGACAGGGGGUAUAUGAUAGAAACAUUUAAAUACAUAAAGGGAAUCAACACAGUAAAGGAGGAGAUUAUAUUUAAAAGAAGAAAACCUACCACAACCAGAGGACAUAAUCUUAAAUUAGAGGGGCAAAUGUUUAAAAAUAAUAUCCAGAAGUAUUACUUUACUGAAAGGGUAGUGGAUGCAUGGAAUAGCCUUCCAGCUGAACUGGUAGAGGUUAACACAGUAAAGGAGUUUAAGAAGAAGGCUAUCCUAACUAUAAGAUAAGGCCAGGAACUAAUGAAAGUAUUUUAAAAAAAUUGGGAAGACUAGAUGGGCCGAAAGGUUCUUUUCUGCCAUCACAUUCUAGGUUUCUAUGUCUGUGUCCCCAGGUCUCAGUGUUCCCAAAUGUCCCAGUGUCCCCAUGUCUAUUUCCACAAGUGCCCCCAUGUGUCUGUGUCUCCAUGUCUCCCAUUGUCCCCUAGUCUCCCAGUGUCUGUGUUUCCAUGUCUCUCAGUGUGCCUAGUGUCUUAGUGUCCACAAAUGUCUCAGUAUCCUCAUGUCUCCCAAUGUCUGUGUCCCCAUGUUUCUGUGACCCUAGUGUCUUUGUCCCCAUUUCUCCCAGUAACCCAAAUGUCUGUGUCCCCAUGUCUCCUCAUGUAUUUGUGACCUUUGUGCGUUUUAAUGGAAUCUUGUUUUUGUAUGGGGUAUGUGUGUGUGUGCGCGUGUGUGCAUGUAGGAGUGUAUUUUUACAUAAUGUUGGAAUGCAGUGAUGUACUUCUAUAUAAUAUUUGUGUUUGAAUACAGAGAUGGGUCUGCAUGUAGUGUUAGAGUUUGAUUGCUGGGAUCUAUGCACAUAUACAUACACUGCCACAUACAUCUCAUCCUUGCACAGAUAAACAUACACAUUGACACAUACAUAAAUACAUACAUACUUUUUUACACAGGUAUACAUACACAUUGACACACACACAUUGAUACACACACUGACAAAUUCACACAAAAAUACACACACAUCAUAAUUCUUAUAUUUUUAGGCACUUAUCUUUUAAGAUACAUUUAGUGUGCAAGAAGGUGGCUUUAUUGGGGACCUACUGGUGGUUGAGGCCGAUGGGAGUGUGGGGAUGGCUGGAGCUUGGUCUUUCCUUGUUCUCCCCCUCCCUGCCUGUGCUGCCUCCUUUUCUCUCCCUCCUGCAGAUGCUCUUUAUGGAGCUUGGAGGAAGUGACUUGCACUCACUCCCUGCAGUGCCAAUAUUAAAGGGCCAUGGUGCUUAACUGGGCCCAGGUUUGCAUGGGAGCCCUGGUGCAGCUGUACCGGCUGCACCAGCAGUAGUUCCACCACUGCUCACCACAAUCUUUUUGACACCUUGCAUACACUCUCAGUAGGACUUUAACUACUCUAAGAAGCAAUGGAUUGGAUGAAGUCGCAAGGGAUGUCAGCAUGCUUGCUGACAUCACCAAAGGUAUAGCAGCAAGGUGCAGCACAAGAGUUCUGUCUCUAGAAACAAGAUGAGUAAUAUUUGAUGGGUUAAAGGACCCCUCCACACUUGAAAAAAAAAACUGAAAAAAAGUUUAGUAAAUAUACUCCAAAUGAAUACAUGCAUACAUAUUUUUAUAUAAGUAGUCAUUGGAGAUAUAGUCUAGAAACAGCUUGCAAAAGCUGCAGUUCUCAUGACUGCAGCCUUUGUAAGCUCCCCCUUUUUCACAGGAAGUGACAUUUAGUCACUUCACACAGUAUUAUCCAAUCAGAGGCUUCUCAUAGAGAAGUCUCUAUUCUAUACUAUUUCCAAUGUGUCUCUCCUCCCCCAAGUCCCACCAUGUGUCACAAUCCACCCUCUCCUCCGUGUGUCUCAGUCCCCCCUCCCAUCCAUGUGCCUUAUCUCUGCUCCCCUCCAUGUGUCUUCAUUCCCCCUCCCCUCAUUGUCUCUGUUACAAAGACUUGAUAUGACUUUAUUAUUGUUACCACAUCUCGUUACUGUUGCACCCCAACACCUUGCAUACAGACCCCUACGCUAUCGGUACGGAGAGGAUAUGAAUGGAUUACACGAAUCAUUACAAAGGACAAUUCGUGGUACGAACGAGAGACCCCCCAGACUUUGGCGUGUGCCGCCACUUAACCUCAUCACCUCUCGAAGUACCGAAUGACCGACCACCCGACGAGCGGAGUGUGUCUGCGGUUAACCACAAACUAAUUGGCGGGCCCGGAGGAUCCACAUUCGUAUACAAGUUACCGAAUGGAAACUGCCGAGAGACUCAUGAACGGAGACCCCCUACAGUGGGGCGUGUGGCAGCAAUUAGAAUGUGGUUCUGCGGUUAACCGCAGAUCAAGUACCGUACUACCGGGCGGUCUCAGUUCGUAUGCCGAACGGUCUCAACAACCAGACUGAUAGUGGGGAUUCGUAUGACUAUGUAUCCGAUUUCCGUUCCAUAAGUUUGAGUCUAGGUCCCGCUGCCCAUUGAACCGCCUAAAAACAUGGCCGCCAUCAGGGACUAAUGACCAAAGUGCCGAACCAGACUUUGUACGGCAGAAAUUGCCCAUUCCGUUCGAGGGGUCUGGGCGCAAUUCGUAUAUUUAAUGUGCCCGAACCCGAGCUAUCGAAUGAAUGGUAGAAUGAACCGUUUUCUCCUCAAAAUGUUGAAGUUAUGUAUUUUUAUACGGUUUUAUGGGACCUAAUAAAAUGUGGUCUUUUGGGCGCUUGGAGAUUGUAUAACUGUUGGCCUCAUUAUCUCCAAGCUGGGCGGGUACUAAUUCAAAUGAUACAUUGUAUUGUGAUUGGUUACCUGUUUGUACUGUACCUGUAUUCCAUCAGGUCCAUAGGGGGCUGUCCUUGGGCCUGAGGAAUUGCAUAAAUUGCCAUGUUUGUGUGCCAGUAAAGUUAGUUCGUUUUGACCCUCAACUCGCAGCCUCGACUCGUGUUGUAGGGAUCUGGGAAUAUUGAUGCUCUUACACUCUCGGGGGAUAUUCUACACUUGCAGAUUCCACCAAAGGGAACUACAUUCGACUCUCUGACCACAGGAACCAGGACAUCCAAGCGAUCAACCCCCCUGCUAGACCGGGGGCAAUCGUAACAGUCUCAGUUUCCCUCUCCCCUUCAUGUGUCUCAGUUCACCCUUCACCUCCAUGUGUCUCAUACCUGCUCCCAUUCAUGUGUCUUCAUUCCCCCCCACCCCUCCAUAUGACUCAGAUCCCCCCUCCAUGUGUCUCAGUUCCCCCUCCCAGAAAAAGGAAAGUUAAAAUCCUAUGGUCCUAGAGAUCAAGGAAAAUACAUCAUCUUUGCAAAUGUAACAAUUUAGUCUAAUUGCUACUGUAUAUACUGCAGUAAAAAAAGACUAAUUGGAAAUAUAUUCUAGAUUACAGGAGUACAAUAUUCCCACUUAGAAGAUAUAGUAAUCCCUGAUGUAAGCCUUAUAAUGUGUCUCAGGAAAGAGAUGUUAAGAUUAUGCAGAUGUAAUAGAGAUUCAAGGUGCUCUGGUGUGCGCUACACAGGCUUCCACAUCCUCAAUCCAUAGCCAAAAUUUGCCUACUACCUAAAGCACUUAACAAAAAAAUCCUGUCAGACUAUAAAUUAAUGAUUCCAAGUUGGUGCUUAGUGGCAGUCUAGCAGUAGAACACUGCACUAACCAUAGCCACCAGUUUCACACUAGAGUGACUGAAGCAGGCUGGCAGUCAAAGUCUGUGUGAGUGACAAUGUAGUGUAGGUAGGCAAAUUAACUUUUUUUUUCAGAAUUUUGGCAGAACACUUGAUCGGAAUUAAAGGACCACUAUAGUGCCAGGAAAACAUACUCGUUUUCCUGGCACUAUAGUGCCAUGAGGGUGCCCCACCCGCCCGGCUCUGGGGAGAGGAAAGGGUUAAAACUUACCUUUUUUUCCAGCGCCGGGUGGGGAGCUCUCCGCCUCCGAUCCUCCCUUUCGGCUGAAUGCGCACGUGCGGCAAGAGCUGCGCGCGCAUUCAGCCGGUCUCAUAGGAAAGCAUUUGAUUUUCACAGUGAGAAUCAUGCAAGCGCCUCUAGCGGCUGUCAAUGAGACAGCCACUAGAGGAUUUGGAGGCUGAAUUAACCCUAUUAUAAACAUAGCAGUUUCUCUGAAACUGCUAUGUUUAUAAAAAAAAAAAAAAGGGUAAUCCUAGAGGGACCUUGCACCCAGACCACUUCAUUAAGCUGACGUGGUCUGGGUGCCUAGAGUGGUCCUUUAAGCUCCAAUUCUAUUAUAAACAUACCUCAACCACUGAGAGCAAAGAAGACAAUCCAUGGUAACAAAACAGUAGUACACAUCUUUAGAUUUUCCCAGGAUUAUGAUUACACAGCAAAGAUUACCACACAUAAAAUAUAAAUAUAUAAAUAUAUUUAUAUAGUUAUGCAUUUUUUCCCAUUUCAUUGUAAUAGUUUUGUAAUCACUCUAAAUAUGAUGCGCAUUAAAUAAGUAUCUUUUAAAUGACAGUGUUUUUGUCUGAAAAAUCUGCAAGCAAUAUUUUGCUGAGACAUAAGAGAUAUAAUACAGGCCGUUUGGAAGAGUUCAUAUCAGGAAAUCUUGAACGAGAAUGUAUUGAAGAACAGUGCACGUACGAGGAAGCACGAGAAGUUUUUGAAAAUGAUGAAAAAACAGUGAGUAAUUUUAUCUUUAUUUGUAUGUUUAUUCUUGUUAUUUGCUUAGCACAAAAUAUAUUUGCACUGUAAAAAUAUAAAUUGCUGCAAUGCUGGUCUACAACCAUUUUUGGCAGUUCCUACUCAUGCAAUCCAAAGCCUUUUCUUAUGAGAUUAUCCACUUACUUGGGGAAUCUAUUUCCCAGGGUUCUCGGCAGUGCCAGGUUAAAUAGGACCUUGGAAUACACCACCCGUGACAGGGAAGGGUGUAAAAACAAUGGAGUUGAUCUGACAUAUAUUACAACUAUUUUUUUUUUUUUAUUACUUGACUCCAAGUCAGCCAUAAUACAAAAAAACAUAAUUACUGUUACAGGACCACUAUAGGCACCCAGACCACUUCCACUCAAUGAAGUGGUCUGGGUGCCAGGUCCCUCUAGUUUUAGCCCUGCAGCUGAAAACAUAGCAGUUUGAGAGAAACUGCUAUGUUUCAAUGAGGGUAAUUCCAGCCUCUAGUGGCUGUCUCACUGACAGCCGCUAGAGGCGCUUCCGCAAUUCUCACUUUGAAAAUCACAGUGCGAAGACGCUGGACGUCCAUAAGAAAGCAUUGAGUAACAUCAGCAGAGGGAGGAGAGGUCACUAGCGCCAAGGGAGCCCGGCGCUGGAGAAAGGUAAGUGGCUGAAGGGGUUUUAACCCCUUCAGCCCAACAGGAGGGGGUCCCUGAGGGUGGGGGGGACCUAAUGACCCUACAAGUUUGUUUUCCUGGCACUAUAGUGCUCCUUUAAGGUCAAAUUGUGAUUUAAUCUCAUUGUUUACAUUUCCUGGAUCAGAUAAUUCAGAGAGAUUUGUUUAAAUCCUUGGUCCUUGCAAAAGGAAAAUUGUGAAAUACACAAAAAAAAAAAUAUUUCACACUUAACCACUUCACUACCUAAAUCAAUUAAAAAAUUUUUUAUUUGCAUGCAUUUUGCAGAAAUAAAUCAAAUCCAUAAAACCUCCCUCACCCUCAUUUAUACUCUAGUUAUGCUUACCAUCCUGUAGAUGAACACAUUUUUCUGCCAGAAGUCACUAAUCACUGAUAUAGUACAUGUCAAUUUGCUAAAAAUAUAAGUUCACAUCCUACUUUCAAACAGUAAGGGAGAUUUCAAUUGGUCAUAUCAUUCCUACAGUCAUUUCACUGUUAACAUUACAUUAGCAGAUAGAUUGAUACAGACUGCUAUAACAGUUUUAAAAACCUUUAUUUUAGAAAUAUAUGAUUUUACAGUAUUUGCUUUAUGUGGGCAAACAUUUUUUUUACACCCCGUUGCCAAUUUUAGUAAGCUACAUUGCUAAUAAUGCCUUCAGAGAGUUCUUACAAAUACAUAUAAACAAGAUAUUUGGCUCUUUUUAUUUAUCCAUUUUUGCCACAUCUACUAUACGUGAAAAAUUGAAUUUUUGCUUUUAUAUUACCGUUACAUUCACUGCGUGAAUUAUCGCAAAAUAAAGGAAAUUGUAUGCUGUCUAAAGUCUUUCAUUUCACAAAUAUUUGUGUAAAGGCUAAAUGAAUAAUUGAAAAAUAAAAAUUGUGUAAAUUUACAUAAUUAUAAUUUUUUAGAUUUGCUGUGCAUAUAGUAACAUGCAGUGCCACGACAGCAGUAGCAAGUAUAAUCAAACAUAGCUAAACACAGACGUGAUAUUUGAAUUAAAAGCUAAUUUUUUCACAUUUUUAUGGGUCUAGAGUAGAAAGUAAGCAUUUAAAACAGUGUAAAAGCAUAGACUAUCUCCUAAUCAGAGCAACUAAUAGUAACUGGAAUCUACUAUUUGUAAUACAAGCUACCUAAGAGUGUGUCAGUUAUGGGUUACAUUUCCAAGUUAUUAACAAGCUGUGUCUGUGCCUAAUACACUAAAACACAGAAACCACUGGGUAUGAAAUGGUAAUUAAAAGAGUUAAAAUAUGAAUGCUCAUGUUUGCAAGGUAUACUUAGAAAGUGACAUAAAUGUGAAAUGCCGUUGCCAGUCUUGUUCAGCCCACUCCGCAGGCAGGCCAUGUCAGAGAGUCCACAUUUCUGCUAGCAUUAUUCCCCCUUUCCCUGUGUAGGCCAAGCAUAUCAAACUCAAAGUUUAGCAUGGGCCACAUAAACAAGGUUUAAGUUUAUGUGGGCCGCAAAUAAAAAACAAAUAAAUAAAUUAAAUUUUCAUAGAAACGUAUGUUUAUUUUGAAAAGUACAGUAUAAAAAAACCGCAGCACCCCCCUCUACUAAACCGCAGAUCCCCCUUUACUAAAUCCCAGUCCCAUCCCCCCCAUAUACUAAAUCCCAGUAACCCCCUCUUGCCAACAAACAGACUCCACUCACAUUGCUGCUGCCAGUAUGUGACUUCGGAAUCCGGCCUCUGGUACACCGCAAAUGGCGCCAUCCACACCCAGUGCCAAAUCUGAUCCUCCCUCUAUUUUUUGAAACCCUGUGAAGGUGGAGCAUGUCGAUGUAAUGUCGGAAUGUGAAAUGGCAUUGCGUGCCUCCAUGCAACUCCAGGUUCUCCACUGUCCAGUCGCAGCCAAUGCAACACUGACCAACACAUACUCCCUGACAGACACACACACACUCACUCACUGACAGACACACACAUACAGACACACACUCACUGACAAACACACACACAGACACUGACCAACACACACACUGACAGACACACACACACACACCCAUUUACACAUUCUUGCACUCACAUCAUUUUAUUUAUUGCUCCUUAUCUUUGGGAGCUGGUGUGUGCCCUCUUCUAUCUGGAGCUCAGCCUUCCUGCUCUUCACUGGUCCCUUGCCGGUAUCACUACAGACGGCACGCACGAGGGAGCAGUGAGGAGCCGUAAGGCUGAGCUCCCUCGCUGCCGCCAGGAACCUCUCCUCCUGGCCGGGUAACUGUUAGAAGAGUAGGCACCUACAAUGUGGAGAAAGCAGGUGCCUACUCUGCUUUAACACUAAGCAUGCACUUGCAGCUCACCGGGCCGCAAAGAUAUCCAUUGUGGGCCGCGAGUUUGACAUACAUGGUGUAGGCUUUGCAGAGUGAUCAUCCGUGAGCUACACUGCUUCAGCUCAAUAUUACCCUGGCCCCAGAUCUUAAUGGGAGCUAUUGCCCAGUGUCUGUGGUUCCUUCAAGAUUGUAUGUCAGAAUUGCAGGCCCCUUUAGGGUUUCUAGGUUCUGGGCUUCCCUCUGGGUACACAGAUGGCAGUGAGGAGAUGGCUCUGAGUGGGCACCCAAUCCAUGUGCGGCACUAGUAUCUGAAGCUGCAUCUUGGAUCGGCUGUGUAUCAGAAGGGGUAAGUGCGCUGACUCGGCAGGCGAGUCGGUUGCCAGAAUCUCUGGCAGAUUCAGUUUGAUUUGAUUUUGCAUUAAAGAUGUCUCUCCAUUUCUGGCCCUCUGGUCUCUCUCGGCAUUUCAGAGGGUCCAAUGCGGCGGCCAUUUUGGUCUUGCCAAUUGGCUUCCAAAGUGACAGGGGAGUAGGCCGCUAUAGCAGUUUUAAGCUGAACCAGUGGGAAAAAGGAUAACCCACGCCGGUACAGAGAGGGGAGUGAUGGGACUGAAAGAGGUAGGCUACGAGGUGCAUGUGCCGCUUCUCCCUUCUGCCGCUAUAACCAUCUCAAUAGGCCUCAAGGAAGGAACAGGUGUCUGCUCAGCAGGGCGCUCCAGUCCAGAUGUGGUGAGCUUCGUAAACUGUUGGUAUCAGUCUCCGUUCUGGAUCUCUGGUAAUAGGUUCAACAGUUAGAAUUGCCAAAUGUUAGUGCGGUUCGUCAGGAGCUCCAGAGUAUGUGUAGUAUCCCUUAUUGUCUACAUUACAGGUCUUCGGACCUCUCACGUUCCAUACAUCUAGACAUGCAGGGACAUGAAUUUUGUGGAGUUAAUCAAGCAUGGCGACCCCAUUUUAUGGAGAAUGCAACAUGCCAUGAUAAUUGAGCAUACAUUAUAUGCUUUGUAUUAAUUGCAACAGCAUACACUAUAAUAGUUUAGAUAUCUUUUCAUACUGUAAACUAUUUAAAUGUGUUUACUUGGGCCAUUGAAUUUGUGAUUUUUUGAGCAUGCAGUAUUGAUUGAAAGAACAAGUGAUUUAUUUGCUUGUCUUUAUUUUAAAAGGAUGUAUCAAUUUGGAUGUUAAUUGCCGUAGUUUUUCUUCAUUUUUUAGUGUAUCAGGCCUUUAGCUCUAAACUGCUAUAAGCUGUAUCUUAUUAGCACUCUUACAUGAAAUCUAAUAAAGAUUUAUCUGAUUUAGUUUUGUUUGUCUAGCUGUAUUUUUUUUUACUCUUACAUUUGUUAUAUGCAUAGCCAAUAUUUUUUAAAUGGUAAAUACUAAAAUAUUAUAUUUUACAUGAUUUUGUUUACAGAAAAUGUUUAGGGAUGCCAUGCCAUCACCCAUUUGAUUGGUUUUGUAUGUUUGGUGAUAGCACUUUAGAGUAUUUCCUUUUUUUCCCCCCAUAUACAUCUAGUACCAUGGGUGUAUACAGUUGUGCUCAUAAAUUUGCAAACACUGGCAGAAAUGGUGAGAUAUUGGCAUUGAUUUUGAAAAUAUGACUGAUCAUGCAAAAAAAUUAUUUUAUUGAAUGAUAGUGAUCAUAUGAAGCCAUAUAUUAUCACAUAUUGAUAACAGAAAUCACCCAAAUGGCCCUGAUCUUUUUUAAAUACCCUUGAAUGUUUGGCAUUGUUACAGACACACAAGGUGACACAGACAGGUUAAAAUGGCAAUUAAGAGGGCGGGGCCUGACUAUCAUGGUGGAGAGUUGUGCUUUGCACAAGCUCCCACACCAUCCUGACCACUUAAGCCUAUUGCAGCCUUAUGCAGCGCAAUUGUGAAAGACAUUUGCGAGUUACCCGGUCCUCGCGACAGGGCCAUGCAGUGUUAUAGUCAGCGACCCGGUGGGUACAUACUUGUCCCCUGCUGGACAAUGCGGUUUGGUGCGCAUCGGGUGGGAGAGACGGAUCUGCUAAAUGAAUAACAAGAAAAAUGCAUAGCGCAUAACUGUGUGUAUGAAAUGAACAAAAUGUAUAAAUGACAAGUGGCCACUCACACUUUCGUUGAAGUAAGAAUGCCUUGAAAAUAAAUUUCCUUUUCAGCAUAAAUUAUUUUCCAGGAAAAGUUCUUCCACCACUUUUAAACUCUCAUGGGGCAAUUAAGAGGUGUGUGCUCAAAAAGAAAAAAUAUAUAGAACUGUAGUACACAUUUAAAAAUGUAGAAAAAAUAAUUUAAUCACUUACAUCUAAAUAUAAAACAAUGGAUGUAUUCUCACUGUCACCACCAGGGGUCCUACGCGUUUCGUCCGUAUGUAGGACUUCCUCAGGGACUUCAGUGACCAGAAAUGACCGCAUACAAAUGAACAAUAUAAAAAACCCUUCCCUCCUCCACCCUUUAUACCCCUCAAAAUGUUCACAAAACUCUUUAUUCGAUCCAGGUGUUUUCGGUCCGGCGGCCGGUUUCUAUGACGUCAUCCUAUGCGCCCGUCCAUCUCGCAUGCGUUCCACCAUGCGUUCCACCGCCGAAACCCGGAAGUACUCAAAAUCCUCAAUUCACAAGUCACACAUCUUUUUCUUUUACAGAGUCUCUUUCAAGAGGCAUAAAUUCAGUAUAUAUGGACCGGAGGCAGAAAAAAAGAGAGUGGGGGAAGGUUACACACUUCAAAUGGCACUACAGAAUUCUAAUUACAUGGAAGUUACUCAUAAUACACCAAACUCAAUUCUAAUAAAACUUAUACAAACUGUAUAAAUAUAUAAAAUAAAUUAAAGGUUAAAUAAAUUAAAUAAUAAUUAAGGAAAAAAAUAUAAAAAUAUAAAUAAAAAUAAACAAUAAAAAUAAAAUAAUGAAUAAUAACAUUAAAAAAUAUAUAUAAAAAAAUAUAUAUAAAAAAUAUAUAUUUUUUUAUAUAUAUUUUUUAUAUAUAUUUUUUAAUGUUAUUAUUAUUCAUUAUUUUAUUUUUAUUGUUUAUUUUUAUUUAUACGCGUAGGACCCCUGGUGGUGACAGUGAGAAUACAUCCAUUGUUUUAUAUUUAGAUGUAAGUGAUUAAAUUAUUUUUUCUACAUUUUUAAAUGUGUACUACAGUUCUAUAUAUUUUUUCUUUUUGAGCACACACCUCUUAAUUGCCCCAUGAGAGUUUAAAAGUGGUGGAAGAAAUUUUCCUGGAAAAUAAUUUAUGCUGAAAAAGAAAUUUAUUUUCAAGGCAUUCUUACUUCAACGAAAGUGUGAGUGGCCACUUGUCAUUUAUACAUUUGGUUCAUUUCAUACACACAGUUAUGCGCUAUGCAUUUUUCUUGUUAUUCAUUUAGCAGAUCAUCCCCUUUUUUGCUACAUAUAUGAUGUCCUGACCAAGUUGGACAAGAUAUUUGCAGCAUACACUAACCUGCUCUACAGCAAACAAAUGAACCAGCCUUUUUAAGAGAACCACUGCACUCCCUACGAAAGACCGUGGCUCUGGCAGCUGGGAAUGGCCUAUUAUGGUGGCAGAUCCUAUCACUCCUGCACAAGAGGACACAGACAGGAUGUGUGGUGGCACAAGGCUAUAAGUAUGCGGUAAGCCUGAAGAACAGAGGGGACUUGUUUUGUUUUAUCUCUAUUGUCCUCCAUAAGUUUCUGUGCUUUUGCCUUGUGUACCACUUACUACUGUUAUUGUCCCACUGCCAUGGGAGCCUCCUAGGGAAUUAAUCUAACUUGAACUAGUCACUCUGCCUUAGUUAUUAAGCAUUGCACUGGCUUCAUAACCUUGACUUUAAUAUACUAUUCUAUAUAUACCUUUCCCUGUGGAAGAGCUAAAGUCCCACUUAACGUCUAGAUAUGUAUAGCGAGCCUCUCUACGUUUUAGUAUUAAAAAAUAAAAAAUGUGCAGAACUGUCGAAAUGCCCUGCAAUUGUUUUGCAUUGACCUAUGAUUGCUUGCAAUAGCUGUUGUGGCAUCGCAAGCCUGUUUGUUCUACCAUGCACAGCACAAAUUAAGAUUUUUUAUUUUUUUUAAAUGGCAAUUAAAGGUUAAUUUCCCACACCUGUGGCUUUUUAAAUUGCAAUUAGUGUCUGUGUAUAAAUAGUCAAUAAGUUUGUUAGCACUCACAUAGAUGCACUGAGCAGGCUAGAUACUGAGCCAUGGGGACCAGACAAGAACUGACAAAAGACCUGAGUAACAAGGUAAUGGAACUUUAUUAAGAUGGAAAAGGAUAUAAAAAGAUAUCAAAAGCCUUGAAAAUGCCUGUCCGUACUGUUCAAUCACUUAAAGGACCACUCUAGGCACCCAGACCACUUCAGCUUAAUGAAGUGGUCUGGGUGCCAGGUCCUUCUAGGGUUAACCCAUUUUUUCAUAAUUAUAGCAGUUUCAGAGAAACUGCUAUAAUUAUGAAUGGGUUAAGCCUUCCCCCUAAUCCUCUAGUGGCUGUCUCAUUGACAGCCACUAGAGGCGCUUGCGUGCUUCUCACUGUGAUUUUCACAGUGAGAGCACGCAAGCGUCCAUAGGAAAGCAUUGUAAAUGCUUUCCUAUGCGACGGGCUGAAUGCGCGCGCAGCUCUUGCCGCGCGUGCGCAUUCAGCCGGCGGGGGUAACGGAGGCGGAGAGGAGGAGGAGAGCUCUCCGCCCAGCGCUGGAAAAAGGUAAGUUUUAACCCCUUUCCCCUUUCCAGAGCCGGGCGGGAGGGGGACCCUGAGGGUGGGGGCACCCUCAGGGCACUAUAGUGCCAGGAAAACGAGUAUGUUUUCCUGGCACUAUAGUGGUCCUUUAAGAAGUGGAAAAUUCGGGGAUCUCUUGAUACCAAGCCAAAGACAGCUAGACCAAGAAAUAUUCAGCCACAAUUGCCAGAAGAAUUGUUCAGGAUACAAAGAAAAACUCACAGGUAACCAAAAAAAUACAGGCUGCUCUGGAAAAAGACGGAGUAAUUGUUUUAAGGAGUACAAUACAAUGAUACUCGAACAAAAAUUAGCUGCAUGGUCGAGUUGCUAGAAAGAAGCCUUUACUGCACCAAUGCCACAAAAAAAAAAAAAAACAGUUACAAUAUGCAUGACAACACCUUAAAACACCUCACAGCUUCUGGCACACUGUCAUUUGGAGUGACGAGACCAAAAUAGAGCUUUAUGAGCACAACCAUAAGCGCUAUGUUCUCCUGACCUUAAUAUCAUUCAUGCAAGACGGCCAAAGACUUUGCAUGACCUGGAGGCAUUUUGACAAGAUGAAUGGGCAGUUAUACCACCUGCAAGAAUGAGGGGCCUCAUAGACAACUAUUACAAAAGAUUGCAUACUGUCAUUGAUGCUAAAGGGGGCAAUACACAGUAUUAAGAACUAAGGGAAUGAAGACUUUUAAACAAGGGUCAUUUCAUUUUUUUCUUGUUGGCAUGUUUUGUUUUACAACAAUUAAUAUUGUAAGAAUUAAAAGUUUUAUUUCUAGAAAAUUUGUGGAAAAUAUGUUUUUGGCCCCCAUUAGUGUAAGGUUAAUCAAAAUGUAGAUUUUCAAUUGUUGUACAGUUCCCCCAAUGACAGCUGGGAAUCUAUCAUUUGUCCAUACAUGCAGGGUUGUUUUUGUAUGGAGUGUGUGAAUGAAGAGGUGUAUUUGUGUGUAGUAUUGGUAUGAUGUUUUUGCAUGUAGUAUUGGUGUUUGAAUUUUAUUGUGUGUUUGUGGGCGUUUCAAUGCUGCGAUGUUUGCAUUGGCACACAUACAGAUACCCAGAUACACAUGUACACUGAAUGUAAUGGUGUGUUUGCAUGUUUGCAGUACUGGCAUUAGAAUGCAGUGGUAUGUUUUUGUCUAGUGUUUGAAUGCACUGGUUUAUUUAUUUAUUUUAUUUUUGUAGUGCUGGUGUUUGAAUGCAGGGGUCUAUUUGUGUAUAAUGUAAUAUACACACAGCACCAGGAAAAUGUGGACUAUACAAAUUGUGUGUAGGGACCCUUAAUAAGAAACAUUUAUAUAAUACUAGAUUGUUUUUUCUUAACCUUUUCUAUAAUACUCAUUGUUAAUUUGAUUAAUAGAUUAACAGUUAAAAAUGUUGGAAUUAAAUGGACAUUCAUCACUUUGAGAAAAUGUCUCGUUCAAACGUUUUAGCUUUGGAUGAGACAGUUACACUUUGCAGGAUUAAAAAGGUAGCAUUGUUUCUUCAUAUUUACCCACAUGUUCUUACUUAUACUUUCCACACCCACACCAACAGGGACACUGAUCUAACCAAUCAGUGUCCUAUCCCUAGGAAUGCUGUAAAAGUGUACAUUUCAACAUCCUGAGAGGGGGAGAAGAGUGGAAGUCUGAUCAGUGUGAUUCAUGUAGAGCAGGCACUUGUGUCAGGUUUCUCUCUUCCUGAUGGGUUAGUCAGUGAAUUGAGAAUAUGGUGUUUCCUAGUCACCUAGACUGGUUUAGUGGGUGGUAAGAGAAACUACCAUAUACCAGAGGCGUGCCCAACAAUGCAACUAAGUAUGUUUAUAAGUUUACAAACAUUUCUUAUAUACUUUUCAAAGUUUUUCAAUCUUUAUUUUGGUUUGUAUAUUUUUUAAAAGUGUGUUGUUUUAAAAGAAAAAGCCACGUGAAGCAUGUCUGUUUAAUUACACCAUAUUCAUGAAAAGAUGCUGAGUUCAAAUGAAUAAAAAUUAAUGAAAAUAGCAAAAACGAAACAAUACUUAUUUAUCCAAAAUCAUACCAAUAUUUUAUUUUAUGCAUACUUCAUGUAAUAUCUGCAUUCAUACUUUUACUGAUAUGAUGUUUUAUUCAUUUAAUAUUUUUCAGUUGGAAUUUUGGAAGCAGUAUAUUGGUAAGAGCUUUAUAUUAAACGCAAUAUUUUGAGAAGAUUGUCGUUAUUCCUGCAUGUAGUGCUAAUGAAAAUGUUUUAUAACAGACAGUUGUACUCACUAUAUUGUUAUUUUAUGUAAAAUGGUUUAACCAUGCUUAGGAUGAUAAUUAAAAUGUGUCUUUAUAUGAAAUAAGCAUCCAGCUGCUAUUGUGAGAUAAAAUGGUUCACAUUCUCAGUAUAGGAGAAGGGAUAAAUUAUAUGCUGUUACUUAUUGUAUGCUAACAGUCAACCCACAACCAAUAAUAACAAGCAGAAACAUUCUACACAUAAUAUUUAAAUUAAUUUUCACUAAUUCAAUUUUGCCGAAGUAGACCAGAGAUGUAGAGUUGUUCAGGCGAAAAUCCAAGGAUGCUUUGGGCAUUUAUUAAAAUUAAUUUAAAGGCCAAAUUUACACAAUGCCAAGGUAUGCUUUCACUGAAUGAGCAUUUUUUAUUUUUAUUUAGUUUCCCCCUCUUUUCUCAAAUUCAUUCCCUAAGCCAUUAAGUCCAACUGACGUUAUUAGAUUUUGCAAAUAUAUUUUACUGGUAAAUUUCUUUAACUGGAUUAGAGAUGCUUCCUUUAGAAAUUUAGCUGCCACAUUUUAAAUAGUUUUGGUUAAUGAAAUAUCAAUAUUGAAUAUCAUUAAAUAUUCAUAUACCUCUUUAUUCUGGAAAUAAAAAACAUAAACGUAGUGUAUAUUUUUAAUAACCAAUAAAACUCAUACAAUUGUCAAACUGGCUUUUACCAAAGCACUUUCUCUUAGUCAUGACUUUCAGGUGAUGGAGAGCAUCCCACAAGGCACAGGGUAAUGGCCUUCUUGAUACUUUUUGAUUAAACCCCCACAGUGCCACCUAUAGUGUGACUUAAACACACAGCACCAUAACCACUACACACUGUCAUGAUUAUGAUACCAGGAGUAUCCUGGCUUGGUUCCCCAGUAACAGGGCCAGCAAUUAGGAAUUAUUUGUCUAUUUACAUAGGCUGCAGAAGAUGGAAGUAAGUCCAGUUGUCAUCCACUGACUGAGAAAGUCUGAUUCCAGUCAAUAAAUGGCACACUCUCAAUGAAUAUAUUUACAGAAUUGACAUUAGCCAGUCCCAAUGGUGCAGCCAGAGAUAGGGUUACACAUCUGGCAGCAGAGGGGUUAAACUCCUUAUGUGUUAACAUAGUUACAUAGCUGAAAAGAGACUUGCGUCCAUCAAGUUCAGCCUUCCUCACAUAUGUUUUUGCUGUUGAUCCAAAAGAAGGCAAAAUAAACAAGUCUGAAGCACUUCCAAUUUUGCAACAAACUAGGAAAAAAUUCCUUCUUGACCCCAAAAUAGCAGUCAGAUGUCUCCUUGGAUCAAGCAGCUAUUACCCCACUACGGUAAUUAGAAAUGAUAUCCCUGUAUGUUAUGUUUUUGCAAGUAUUUAUCCAAUUGCAGUUUAAACAUCUGAUGGACGCUGAUAAAACCACCUCUUCAGGCAGAGAAUUCCAUAUCCUUAUUGCUCUUACUGUAAAAAAACCUUUUCUUUGUCUUGGAUUAAAUCGCCUUUCUUCCAGCCAAAAUGUGUGACCUUGUGUCCUAUGUAUAGCCCUGUUUAUGAAUAGAUUUCCAGAUAAUGGUUUGUACAGGCCACGAAUAUAUUUGUAUAAUGUUAUCAUAUCCCCUCUGAGGUGCCGUUUUUCCAAACUAAAGAGAUUAAAAUUUUUUAACCUUUCUUCAUAACUAAAAUGCUCCAUUCCUUUUAUCACUUUUGUAGCUCGUCUCUGCACUAUUUCUAGUGCCUUGAUAUCCUUCUUUAGAACAGGUGUCCAAAAUUGCACAGCAUAUUCAAGGUGUGGUCUUACCAGUGAUUUUUAAAAAGGCAAAAUUAUAUUUUCAUCCUGAGAAUUUAUGCCCCUAUUUAUACAUGACAAAACCUUACUGGCCUUAGCAACUGCAGAUUGACAUUGUAUAUUGCUGCCUAAUUUGUUGUCUAUAACAAUUCCCAAAUCCUUCUCGUGUGUGGUUAUCCCUAAUUCACUACCAUUUAAGGUGUAAGUUGCUUGUGAAUUCUUGACCCCGAGGUGCAUAACUUUUCAUUUCUCUACGUUAAAUUUCAUCUGCUGUUUUAGUGCCCUGUCCCCCAAUCUAUCCAAAUCAUUCUGCAGCAAAGCAAUAUCCUGCUCACAUUGUAUUACUUUACAAAGUUUUGUGUCAUCUGCAAACACUGAAAUAUGGCUUUCAAUGCCUAUUUCAAGAUCAUUUAUAAAUAUGUUAAAUAGAAGCGGUCCCAAAACAGAACCCUGAGGGACACCAUUUACCACUUUUGUCCAGCCUGAAAAUGUACUAUUAAUGACAACUCGUUGUACUCUAUCCUUAAGCCAAUGUUAUACCCAAGAACAAGAAUAAUCAUCUAGACCAAUUUCUUUUAGUUAGAAGACUAACCUAUUGUGAGGAACCGUAUCAAAUGCCUUGGCAAAAUCCAGUGUUUCAAAGUGAAACGCUGCACAUACAGGCUCCGUGUACCAUAACAACUUCAAAUCACUGAAGUGAAUGUAACGUUUAAUAAAAGGUUGCCAUGUAACUGGUAAGUCCCAAAAGAUAAACAAAAAUAUACUUGAAAAUCUAUGCCACUUCAACACACCAUGUAGUUUAUAUGAUAUGUCAUACCUGUACAACCUGCAGUAAUUAUGAUGGCUGCCAUGACAGUUUAAUGCCAUGUACUUAUAGUCUACAUAUAUUUUUCUACUAACAAAAGUGCACUUUUUUCAUUUUUCUCUGUGACGUAUUUGAGGAUUACCCAUGUUUGUGCGGAAAAGUCCAGCACGAGGGUUACAUCUCAUUGGAUGAUUUUAAAAAUCUGAAUCACGACUGGAACAUUCCUCCUUUUUUUGCAAAUUUUUUAAAUUUAUUUUUUUAUUAUUUUACUCAGAGAUGGGGCAACCCUUGUGAAUGGGAUGACAUAUCACAUUCGUUAAUCUAUUUUACAUCAAUGUUUUACCAUAUAGCUGGGUUGCUACUGGGUAAUGGGAGAUCCAGAUGACUGUUUCUUUUCUUUUAUACAUUUAAUUACAAUUAGGAAGUAGUUCAGGAUCUAUUUAUGAAUGCAUCCCUGAGCAGUUCUUAAACUAUCUGGAGCUGUUUUAGGGGUCACUCGGGCUGAUUCAGAUGGAACCAUUUCAGAACUUAUCCAGAUAAUUUAAGCUAACUGUAUUCAUCUAAUAAGUCCCAGUACAGCUUGUGGUUUUCUUUUUAUUUUGCAAUGAAUAUAUAAUCAGAAUAAUACAAACCUGUCUCAAAACUUGUGAGGUAGAUAAUGCCAUCAUUAUCUCUUAAAGAGUUUUCAGACAGAACAAUAUUUAGAACACAAUAACCUUUUAUUGCUGGAUACAUUUCAACUUUAAUAUUUUGCAAGAUUAUUUAAUAUACUUUUAUGCAUAUGCAGUAAAGAGCAAAACAUUCAUCAGACACCUGUAUCUCAAAUCCCCCAUUAAAUAGUAAGGAUUUAUUGGAUCAUGUGGAGCAUUGAAAUGAGUUUUGGGUACAUUUAUAUGCACAAAGGAAAAUCCAUUGCCUAUAGUUAGGAAAGAUAUAGAUAUUGCUGUUCUGCACAUAUACAUAUAUCCAGCAGAGAAACUAAUACAAAGAUCUUAUUUUAUGUGAGAACAAAGCCUCUCUGCUUUGUUCUCAAAAAGCACAAUUUAUGUAAUAAAUCAUUUUGAUAGAAACACAAAUGCUUCAAACACACACUUUACAUGUAAAAAGGUUUCGCUAAUAAUUGAAUUGCACAAGAUAAUGGUUGUUUGAUUAAGAUAUCACUGUAGGAAUGAAAGUGUUUUAGACCAUGUAAUUAACUGAAAUUUGGCAAAGCCAUCAUCUUUUCUGAUGUACAGCAGUCACUGUAAAUAUUUCCAAUUUAUAAGGUCCUAAAAAUAGGUAAUAAUUAUCAAGUAUCACAUUAAUGCUCCUGGGUUAUUUUUAUACACAAUGAAUGGAAGGAUAUUAUUUUUUAUUGCUAUAGAGACUACCUACUAUACUUUCCAGUAUAUAUGCUUGAUGCUUUGAUAGCCAGGAGUUAUUUUGCAAAUGCCUAAAUUAGUGACCUUUAGCCAGCAUAGAUAAGAUGCAUGUGAGGUAUGAUACUUCAUCAGAAAUUAGCUUUGUUAGGCAGAUCUCUUUUCUAUUGUAAGAUAAGAAGCAAAACAGACAUUGAUGGCGGGCAAGAACAGAAAAUAUUGUCUUUAAAUCUUCACCCCUGAAUGGUAUAAACCGAAAGAAAAAAAUCACAGCCAGUUGUUUUGCUUCAUCUGUGAGCUAAAAAGUAACCUGUGAAGAAAUUUACUUUGUAUGAGCUAUUCGAUUAAACACAUUAAAAUACCUUACCGCUGGUUAAAACAUGGCAGGCUGUACUAGAGUAUUGGUUAAAAUCUCCUCUUUGAUGCCGCUAACAAAUAUUUUGUCAUCUAUGAUACGUAGUGAUGUCGCGAACCGUUCGCGAACUUCCCGCGAACGGCUCGUGGCAAACUCCGGUCAGCUGACACAUCCCGGCCAAUCUCCAGCAGACCCUCCCUCCCAGACCCUCCCACCUCCUGGACAGCAGACCCUCCCACCUCCUGGACAGCAUCCAUGUUGAAGCUGCCUUCAACAUGGAUGCUGUCCAGGAGGUGGGAGGGUCUGGGAGGGAGGGUCUGCUUGAGAUUGGCCGGGAUGUGUCAGCUGACCGGAGUUCGCCGCGAACGGUUCGUGGCGAACCGCGGCGAGCCGUUCGCGGGAAGUUCGCGAACGGUUUGCGGCAUCACUAAAUACGUUUUAUUGCUGCAGAUGCUGCCCAGAAGUGUAGAUGUACAUUAGUGUAUUUGCAAAGCCAUGUGAACACAUAACAUAGCCAGCCACAAUUAAAUAUUUAUGACCAUGGAUGUCACUGGAUUUACUCUCACCUCUUCACACGUCAUAGUCUAACUCCCAGAAUAUAUAUACCCAGAACAUGAGAAUGACAAUAUUUGUGUGGUUAGCACCCCUUAUCUAGCAAUGGCUAUGCUUGUCAUCACACAUGGUGAUCAACUACAUUUUACAACAUAUGCACCUGGUAAAGGACCUAAUACUUCCUGUAGCCAGUAUAUCAAAUAAACACAUGUAUUUAAAGGAACACUGCACUCCCCAAAUACAAGAAAUUAAAAAUCACUGAGCAUCUAUUAAGCUAUUCAUUUUUUCAUUGGGAAUAUAUCUAAAAACUGCUUUCAAAACCUGCAGUUCUCCUGUCUGCAGCCUUUGCAAGCCUUCCCCUUCUAACCCCAUCCAGACUUUCUGUGCAGCUCAAUGAGACGUCUUUCCAAGACAGGUGCUCUGAGCAAUUGCUGCCUCUUGAAUGUCUCUCCACUGAGCUAAACAACCAGAAAGCCACAGGAUUGACAGUCAGAGGGUGUAAAAAGGUUAAUACAUACAAAAACAUAAUCUAAUUUCUACUGAAAUAUGCACUUUUUUUUAAAAUUGAAAAAAGGUAACAUAGUCUUCACACACUUCAGAAAGCUAAAUAGCUUAUGAGGCCUGGAGUGUCCCUUUAAAAGUAAAGACUUUUGAGUUGAGUGUUAAAUAUAUUUCUUAAACAAAAAUUUUCAUCAAAUUUGAACUUCUAAUUUUUUAAAAGUUUAUUACAUUUAAUGAAAUGUUGUGCUAUUUUUACAUUUUUUGUUUUUAAUUUUUGAGAAUUUUUUCACUUUGCUCUGUUUUCUUGAUGAAACCACAGCAGCAGACAAGUUAUUUUUGGCAGUAGUUAGUCAGAUAACAGUAGUGUCUGAUCCAACAUGGCUAGUCAUCCAGAUAACCAGAUAAAAAGUGAAAAGUUUAAAAAAAAAAAAAUAGAAAAAAAACCAAUGUACAUAUUAUAUAUAUAUAUUUUUUUUAAUUAAAUGUAAUAAAGUUUUUAAAAAACAAGAAAUGAAAAUCUGACAGUUGUCCUUCAAUGAUGCAUUAAUAUAUAAUUAUUAUUAAGAAAGGGAUUAUACAAAAGUUUAGAUCAGGGAUGCACCAAAAUUUUCAGCCUAAAAUGGCUCAAAUCAGCCGAAAAUCAGGCAUAGUGACUUGUCAGGUCCUCGGUCAAUGACCGAGGACCCGAUAUUGGCAGGGGCCCGGUAGCUUGCCCUGUGUGCCGCCGGGUGCGAGGGAGAGAGCCAGUACAGUCUGCAGACUGUGCUGUAACAUUUAAACCCCUGCACACCUAAAACUCUAUCAGUUCCCUCACCGGUAGCUCCCAAGCCGCCUCUUGGAACCGAUGCAAAUCAUCAUUGCCGCUGUCAGUCAUGUGCUCUGCUCCUGGGUGCUGCCAUUUUGCAGCCGGGUCACGUGUCUGUUACAGGACAACACACCACAGUUGCACUACUGUGUACUCGGAAGUGACAUGUGAGCAGUGGUAAAUUACAGCCCGGUGGCCGGUGAGCUCAUAAAUUAACUUAUUAUAUUCUGCCUGUAGCUGCCAAUAUGCCCAGACUGCUGAUGGAGUGUUUUGUCCUAGUACCCUGCAUUUCUAAAUCUGCUGAGUGCUGACAGAUUUCAAAAUUACCAGAUCCAUGGGAGUUAGGACCUAUUUUUUGCUGGGCAGUGCUUCAAAAUGCAGGACUGUCUGAGCAAAUUCGGAACUGUUGGCACCUAUGUUUGCUACUUCCUGGAGGUUUAUUAUUAAUCAGUAUUCCCCUUCAAUCCCCCAUCAGCUGGCCAGACAGUGUGCUCCUCACCGUGUGCACUGAUGCCUAUACCAUCAGUGACAUCUGGUAUCUGUCAUGUUUUUAGUUGGACAGAGAUUAACGGGCAUUAAAUGAAUUUAAUAGAAAAUCAUCAUCAUUUCAUGAAAUCUAAAGUGAAUUGGAAUCUAAAUAGCACAAAUAAAUCAUUAGAUAAAGGGAAAAAACUAUUUUAAAAGCAUUUGGGGAAAAAGUCAUUUUCGGUUUCGGUUUUCGGCCAAGGGCAUCCUGAAUUUUCGGUUUCGGCCCAGAAUUUUCAUUUCGGUGCAUCCGUAGUUCAGAUUAUGCAACAGUUCAGAUUAUGUAUUGCUGCUGUUGAUCCAAAAGAAGAAAAAAAAAUCUAAAUUUUAAGUGAUUUAAAAUUUUUAGACAAUUACAGUCAGAUUUUUCCCUGAAUCAACAAGUUAUCUCUGAAUUUUCAACAUCUGGAUGUUUUCUUUGGGGAAAAAAAAAUGGUUAACGGUGUCUUUUAAAACAACUUUUUUAGGCAGAGAAUUCCACAUAUGUAUUGGUUGUUUGGUAACGAAUAACAUCCUCUGCCAUAGAUGAAAUUUCCUUUAUUUAAGUCUAAAAGAGGGACCUUGUGACCCUUGUAUGGUCCUAUUAAUGAACAGGUUACCAGAGGUUCAUUCCUAAUUGCACCUGUUACAGGUUACCAGAGAGGUGUUUCUGCUGGCCCUUUAUAUAUUUGUAUAAUGUUAUCAUAUCAUACACCUUUUGAUUUGCCUUUUUUAAGUAAACUAGUUCAGCUUUUGUUUUUUUCUUUUUAGUAGAGAAGAGAUCUGCUGCUUUUGCAAACUGUUUUAGAUAUCCCCAAUGAAAAAGAUGCAUAAUUAAAUGCAUGCAUGUUUUCAUGUUUUUAUUUUCACUUUUUGUCACAGACGGAGAUCAAUGUCUUUCAAGUCCAUGUAUGAAUGGAGGAGUUUGCAAAGAUGAUGUUAGUGCCUACCUUUGCUGGUGUCAGCAAGGAUACACAGGAAGGAACUGUGAACUGGGUAAGUGAAAACAGUUAGUAUGUAUACUAAUUCUAGAUACAUGAUGGACAUAUGAUAACCUAUUCCUCACCAAAUGCAUUGAGCUGUUUCAAAAUUAAGUAUUUAAAUCAUCCAUGAAAGGCUUCUUAGUUUCUCAUGAAAUCAAAUUAAACUGGUUGUUUCUUGAAUAUGUAGAAAAGGUAACAAGAAUAAUGUGGUUUCCAGAAUUGUGAAUUGGUAGUAAGAAAAUUCUGCAGUCGCAAAUGAGUUUGGCCAUAAGGUGGGCACACAGGACCAAGUGCAGUUCAGAGGUUAUAAAGUGAAAAUCAAAUUAAACAUAGUUAUCAAGAGACUGUGAUUGGUAUUUGUGGUGGUAUAUCUUCAAGAAGAUGGGUUAUCACCUUCCUUUCCCAGUGAAUACAGCUCCAGAGUGAUUAUACCCUCCUGCACGAAGUACCACUGUCUCAACCAAACACUAGUCGAGAUGUAGUGAAGGGAUAAGAACUGUUUUGAGACAAGCACACAGAUUUAUAUCCAGCAUGGGGUCUUCAUUCAUUGCAGUACAAACCCGCCCAGGCGCCUCUGUGUCUAGGAGAUAAUUGUGUUAGCUCUCGGUUAAAUUGAUUAUAUCUUGGACACAGGGAGAGCAACACACUAAACACAGAAAAACACAGGUAACAAUGACAAACACCCCCAAAUGCCAUGCAUUCCCAGAAAGGUCUCUCUGGAGCUCCUGGUCUGUCCAAAAGGCUCCCGGAUUGGAUGUGCCUAGUGUGAACUCAAUGGAAGUACAAAGUUCAGUUGGACGCGGCUAGCCUACAAUCUGGCACAGAGUUCGAGUGCUGGCUAGAGUUCCUCAGUCACUUAAAUACAGUGCUUUCCGUGAGUAUAUGGAGCUCCCCAAAGUCUGUGUCAUUCGAUGCUUUUCCACCUCCUCUGUUAACCCUUCAAAAAGUGCCCAGAUAGAUGCACUUGGGACCAUAAGUGCUCUAUUUAAAGUUUUAGUGGAUCGCAGAGACUAUGUGAUCCGCUUUAGAGUUCCACGCUGAUUUAGGGUUGCUCCUGGUCAGGCGCACCAUGUACGCUUUGUGGCAAAAGACAUGCAGUUCUAAGUAGUCAGGGCGGGCCGCUGAUGCUGAGAGAUAUGGGUUGAAUGGUUAAUCCAUAGUGUUAUAGUUUUUUUAAAGGAGGUGAGGGUAUAGGGGGCCAUGUACCUAGCCUAGGGGACCCAACGGUCUGUCAUACUAUUUAAGGGGAACUAAAUAUAAAUGGAGGAAGGGGUUUGAGGGUAAUGCUGUUAUCAUGAAAUGUGUAAAUAUAGGAGGUGAGGUCCAUUGAACAUCUGCAAUACUCAUAAUUUCCUAAUUUGACAAUUAAGCUUCAUGUUAUAACUCUGGUAUCUUUCAAAUUUUAAUAUAUUUAAUUCCCACUACUCUCAGUCUGAGACACUAUUGCUAAACAGCAAUACCUGUGCUAUACUAACACUAAACAUUAUCCCCUACAGUACUCAAGCACUCAUACUAAAUCUAACCUAAAACAAAGUGUGAAUUAUGGGAAAUGAAUGUCAUCUUGGUGUUCUGGAGACAUUUUUUUGUUGUGUGUUACAAUUCCUCCAGAACCCCUUUACACAGUUUACUGUACUGUAUCCUGAUUAACACAGGCUAGACUACAUGAAAGACAUUAUUUUACAGAAUUUGUCUUCUCUCAUUUUCAAGGCCAAAUAUGUAAGUAAUAUAUCGGAGGAUAAAGAGGACACAUGACUGUAGAAGGUGGAGGAGCAAAUGUGAAUAGGAUGAGAGUUAUUAGAGACAGUGUUUAGGCUUUUGGGGAGGUGGGAAAUAUAACUAUGGUGGGAAUGUGGAAAAGAAUGUGGAUGGGAUAGUAGUGAGGUAAAAACAAAUGUCUGAGGUGGAGUGGGAGAAGAAAAUAUUCUUUACAUGUGAGGGUAAAUAUGUGUGAAAUGUGACUGGAUGUGGGGGGCAUGUGACAGGAUGACAGGAUAUCACAGAGGAUAUGUGGUUGAUGGUAAUGGAGAAAUUGUGACUUUGUGAAAGUCAAAAAAUGACAAAUCAUCAAAUUCAUGUAUAGCCAUUCACAAUAGACCAACAAAACACACACAAAUCCACUAAAAGACACAUAGUAAAACAAACAGAUUCUGACAGUCUCAUAUUAAACAAACUCACAUUUACAGUUCAAUAAAAAUACUUGAACACUUUUGGCUAGCCUAUAAAACACAGCGUUAUUCAGAAUCACACAGUAAAGCACAGGUGGACUCUCAACCACGCAGUAAAACACAGAGACUCUCUUACAGCCCCACUUGUAGAAACACAGACUUGCAGCCUAUUUACAGCCACAUUAAAAAGCUCAUAAACCUAUCCACAGCAAUAAUAAAUACAAUAUCACAUCUGCAGUCAAAUCCACAGAUCCAUUCACAGCUACUACAUGCAUUGCAUGGUCGUAUUUAUGAGGACACUGGAUUUGUGUAUGUGAAUAUAGGGGUGUAUCUUUCAAGAGCACAUGCAAAUGAGAAAGAUAGGGUUUAUCCGAGUAGAAUGUCUGCAUAUAUCUGAAUGCAGGAAUAUGUUUGUGUGGAGGUUUAGCAUGUGUGAAUGCAGUGGCAUUUCAAUUCUUAGUAUCAGUGUUAAUGUGUUAUGAAGUACAUAUAUGUACAGUUGCAAUCAAAAUUAUUCAACCCCCCAUUGGAAAAUCGGGUUUAUUGUCAAAAUGCACAGAAUUUCAGCUGUUUACAAUGAACAAAUCAAGCAAAAGCUAUUGAAAUAGCUCAACACAAUGAAUAUGCUUUGGUUUCCACAAAUUCAACUGAAAAUGCAACUUAGAAUGACAUCUUCAGUCUCAAAAUUAUUCUACCCCUUCAUGGCAAGCAUUUUUAGUACUUAGUAGUUUUGCUGUUAUGACCUGCUGCAAACGUGAUGCAGUGCCAGAUACCAGCUUCUGGCAGUGUUUCUGAGCAAUUUUUGCCCAUUGCUCGUGAGCAAUUGCCCCCAGUUUAGUAGGUUUGCAUGUUGCAACCGCCUUCUUCAAAUUUCACCGGAGAUUUUCUAUGGGGUUCAAGUCAGGUGACCGUGAUGACCACUGUAGAAUUUUCCAGGACUUAUUUUGCAAAGAAGCCUUGGUGGAAUUUCAGGUGUGCAUGGGAUCAUUGUCUUGUCGAAAGGUCCAAUGAAGCCCAAGCUUCAGCUUCCUCACAGACAGAUGGACAAUAUCUCCUAGGAUAGUGUUAUUUUCAGAGUAUGUGUCAUUCUUCUUCCUCCAGACAUACCAAUGAUCCAUUUGGCCGAAAAGUUCCAGUUUUGUUUCAUCUCGCCACAGAACAGAAUCCCAAAACUUCUGUGGUAUAUUUAUAUGAUUUUGAGCAUAUUGGGGCCAACAUUUCUUGUGCUUUUUGGUCAGUAGUCGUUUACAUCUUGGCGUUCUGGCAUGGAAACCUCAUGCAUUAAGUACGCACCUUACUGUGCUCACUAAAAACCUCUUUGCCUGUUGCCAUCAAGUCUGGCUGUAAGUCUUUUGCAGUCACUCUAAGGGCUUUUCACAUAAUUUUGAGACUAGAGAAGCCAUUGUAAGUUGCAUUUUCAGCUGAAUUUGGAAAAACCACUUGAAGCAUUUGUUGUGUUGAGCUACAUCAAUUGCUUUUAUUUGAUUUGUUCAUUGCAAACAGCUGAUCAUUUUGCUCACAACUGUAAAUGUGUCAUGUAUGUGAAUGCAUGGGUGUGUAUGUGUGUUUAAAUGGAGGAAUGUAUUUUUGUGGACCUCUCACCUCCACCCCCACCGUUAUUCUCCAUUUCUCCACCUUACAAUUGUCUUUUUCUUCACCUUUUUUAAAAAUAUUUCUCUCUCAAGCUAUCCCCCAACAUGUAUCCAUGGUCUCAAUUUAAUUAGAGCUGAUAGGGCUCCCGAUAAGCUUUUGAUUAGUUUUUGAUCAAUAAAAAUUGCCAAUUUUAAAGGCUUACAGAAAACAUAAAUAUUGGUUUGAAUAUUGAAACUGAUACCUAUAUUUUACAUUGAAAAUACUGGAUUAGGUAUUUUCAUUUAAUUUACACCUGAUAAAAGACCUUAUCGGAUUCAAUGUCUUUUUCACUUUUUACCUUCUAGUGGGCAUAUGAGUUAUUUAAAAAAUAUAUAGAAGAGAGGGUAAACAUGCCUUGUCUCCCCAUAGGCUUUGGUUGGGGGGGGGGGGGCUAUUAAUGACAAUGUGGCGGUGGACAUACCAUUGUUAAUCCCCAUGGGUGGGGGCAUUGGAGGGACCUGUAUUAGGACUCACAGUAUUUUAUUAGCAAAUGGGCCCAUUCCCUAGUUUUUAAUAAGCGAGUGAAGCCAUUGCAUGGCACAAUUAUUAUUAUUAUUAAAGGCGGUCAUAAACGUCCUUUAUAUUAAUAUGCAGGUCAUACAGGAUUAAAAAAAAAAAAACAUUUUCAUGACUAGCAGAGAUUAGUGAUGUCCCGAACUGUUCGCUGAACUGUUUGCCACGGUUCGCCACGGACUCCAGUCAGCUGACACAUUCCAGCCAAUCAGCAGCAGACCCUCCCUCCCAGACCCUCCCACAUCCUGGACAGCUCACUAAGAAUGCAGCUUCAAAAUGGAUGCUGUCCAGGAGGUGGGAGGGUCUGGGAGGUAGGGUCUGCUGCUGAUUGGCUGGAAUGUGUCAGCUGACUGGAGUUCGUGGUGAACCGUUCGCGAACAGUUCGGCGAACAGUUCGGGACAUCACUAGCAGAGAUAAAUGUGCUUCCAAUUCAUUAAAUCCAGUGAUAUUUAUUAGAAAAAAAUAUGCUAAUAAUUAUAGACUUUUUGUGGUUGAUAGAAUUAAAUUGAAAUCCUUAUUCCCUUCCACCACUUCUUCACUGUAAUUUUUUUUUUAUUUUUUUUUAGUUUUGCUGUAAAUUUGAAGGGGCAGGGAAAUUAUGUAAAGUAAGAAUAGAUCCAAAACCCAAACUCAGGAGGGGCUCUGCUUGAUUUUGAGGCACAUUUAAAUGUAAAUCAGUAUGGGGGUCACUAUGACCCCUAUAUUUAUAAAAGGGUGGUUAAAUCCUCCUGCAUGCCCCCGAACAAAUUUAAAAGUACUAGUGACUGGGCAGCUACUGCUGCCCACUCACUAGUGCAAUACGGGGUAUCUGUCACAGGUUCUACUGAUUCCCCAUAGUAGGGAACACAAAUACCUAAAAUGGGGGGACAUAGUGCCCACCCGGGGCCUGCGGGUGGGGGCUAUUAAUAUAAACUGGGGGUCUCCACCCAUGAGCGGCGCAUGGGGACCCUAAUUAAAUAAAGAAUGGGGGUGAUCUAAUGCCCCCCCAGGUCCCCAUCCAAGAGCGGCGGGUAGAGACCCUAAUAAAUUAAAGGUGGGACCUAAUGCCCCCCGGUCCCCACCCAUGAGCAGCGGGUGGUGAUCCUAAAUAAUUAAAUAAUUGGGGGGACCUAAUGUCAGGUGGGAAACACAAAUAAUAAAGUGACUAGAGGUCCCCAAGCCCCUAGUCACUCCUCCCCCCCAAAAAUACCCUACCUACCCACCCACCUAAUAAUAGUGACGGGAAGACAAUAAACUAACACUGUAAAAUAAAAUUUCAUACCAUUUGAUGUCUUCUUUUUUCUAAAAAAAACCCUAUUUUUUCAGCCCCAAAAUAGGCCAAAUAAAAAACAUAAUACCAAUCAAACUUUGAAAAUAAAAUAAAAAACUUGAGCGCCAAAAAAAAAAAUCAGACAAAAAAAAAAAAAAAAUCCAGACGGUAAAAAAAAUAAUCCAUCUUCACCCAUGGAGUGCACGGCGCAGAAAGAUCUCUGCUGGGCGGAGAAAAGUUUAUAAAGCCUUCCCACACCUGCAAUUAGGCUCAGAGUGCUCAGAUUGGUUGGUUUAAGGCACUGACAGAGUGCUCUGACAGGUAAAUUAAGAGACUGACAGUUAAGUGUCUAAAUUUACCUGUCACAGCACUCUUGUUGGCUUGAAAUCCAACCAAUCAGAGUUGCUCUGUGUCAUUUUACACAGCAAGGGAAAGUUCUUUGGAAUUUCCCCAUGCUGUGUAAUUUGACUCAUACUCCUCUGAUUGGUUGCUUUCUUUCUUUUUCGUCUUUUUUUUUUUUUUUUUUUUUUUAAGUUUGACGGGUAUUAUGGUUUUUUAUUUGUCCUUUUUUGGGGCUGAAAAAAUAAGUUUUUUUAGAAAAAAAGAAGACAUCAAAUGGUAAGUAUGAAAUUUUAAUUUACAGUGUUAGUUUAUUGCCCCCCUUCACUAUUACUGGGUGUGGGGGAAGGUAGGGUAUUUUUAGUGGGGGGGGAAGUGACUAGGAGCUUUGGGACCCCUAGUCACUUUAUUAUUUGUUGUCCUUACCCACCAAUCAUGGGUGGGGACCUGGGGCGGGUCAUUAGGUCCCCCCAUUAUUUAAUUAUUUAGGGUCCCUACCCACCACUCAUGGGUGGGGACCUGGGGGAGACAUUAGGUCCCCACCCGCAGCUCAUGGAUGGAGACCAAGGGGGAUAUAAAGUCCCCCUUACUUAAUUGGGGUUCCCACUCGCCGCUCAUGGGUAAGGACCUAGGGAGGACAUUACGUCCCCCCUUUAAUCCAUUAGGGUCUCCACCAUCCGCACAUGGGUGGGAACUGGGGGACAUUAAGUCCCCCCCUAUUAUUUAAUUAGGGUCCCCACCUGCUGCUCAUGGGUGGGUACCAUUGAGGACAUUAGGUCCCCCCUUUAAUUUAUUAGGGACCCCCACCCGUCACUAAUGGGUGGGGAUCUGGGGGGACAUUAGGUGCCCACGAUUAUUUAUUUAGGAUCUCCACCCACCGCACAUGGGUGGGGACCUGGGGGGUACAUGCACAGUGCUGUUUUUGUUCUAAUGGAGGAAAACUAAUUGUUUUUUUUUAACAAAUUUCGUUCUAAAACUAAUGGUUUGCAGACGAAAUUUGGGAUUGACCACUGAAAUUUUUAUUCAGUUUGCAAUCAUUCGUACGAAACGAAAAUUUCUGGGGCACAUGUCUAAUGUAAAGUCAUAUUCCCAUUCUCUUUCCACACUGAGAUAAAAUGGCAGGUGGACAAAAUGUCCAAAGCCAAAGAAGUCAGAAUAACUUAGUCUGAAGGUGACCCACCAGGAAUUUCCCUGUUUAACCAAUGGGUUAGUAUGGUCCUUUGUGUCUAAAAUUAAAGUUUAAAAUGUGGGUGAAGUGAGGAAGAAAAUGUGGUUGGAUUAGAUAUAGAAUGUACUUUGGGUUAUAUGUGAAUAUGCUGAGGGUAGCAAGAUGUCCAAAUGUUUUAUAGGUUCUCCAUCUAAUUGUUUGCAAUUUGUUGCGGAGUGGUGAAACUCUUAUUGAGAAAAUCGGAAUAUUCCUGAAUAUUAAAGAUUUUACAUUUUUAAUAAUAAUUAAAAGUAAACUAUACUCAUAGCUAAAGGAAGAAUACGUUUGUUUUCUUCCAAUAUAGAACCGGUUCCUUAUCCACGUAGGCUUUGCAGUCAAAGUCAAUUCAAAGUGAAUCUAUCUAAUAAAUGAAUAGCAAAACAAUGCUUUAUCAGACAUUCAUUUUUACUGUUAAAUCCAGAGGUUUUGCUUUUAUAGUGUAACUUGUUGGCUGGACAAUGUGAUUCAAGCUGGACUAAUUGUGUUUGUACCACUUUACAGCCUUGCCCGUCACAUGUUCCAUUGCAAAUGGUGGUUGUCAACACAUGUGCAAAGACGAUCCUAUAAAAAAAGUUAUUUGUUUAUGUGCAAGUGGAUACCGAUUGGCAGAAGAUGGCAAGUCAUGUGAAAAUGCAGGUAUUUAAAUAAUUUUAGGCUCUGGUCAUGUUUUUCCUUUUACUGAUAUUCCUGAUUCGCUUGCAUAACUAUGCAAUGAAAAGCAGGUUACAAUUAUUUUGGCACCUUGUAUCAUGAAUCACGUCUGGCUUUCUGGCUUCAUAACUUGUCAUAUCAUCUGAGAGAGCACUAAUAACUUUUGUCUGAUGGCAUAGAUGUUGGGUCCAAUGUUUCAGUAGUGACAUUUACAGGAAGUACAAGGAUUUGGCAUCGUAUUCUGCUCUUCAAGAAGUACAUUACUGUUUGAUAAUAGCUGCACUCCUAUAGUACAUAUAGGAAUAUAUCUGCCUAUCUAAUUAGAAUUCAGUUAAUAAAAAUAGUCCUAUUUAUGAUAAAAGAAUGUAACUUAUUUUUUUUUAUUACUAUGAGUUAACAUGGAACAAAUUGUAAAAAAAAAUGUAAUAAUUUUUUGAAGAUUUGUGUAAUCGCUUCUGUAGUGGGCCUCCACCACUAACUACCAUGCCCACUGAAUAUUCAUAUGUUUUGCCUUUGUAUUUUGUUUUCCCAAUGCUUAUUCACACGAUUUUCCCUUGCAUUCUGUGUUUCCCAAUGUAAUUGUGAUGUAUUCAUGAGUUUCACCUGCUCCCCGUUCAUUCAAACUGGGUUUGCGCCAUUAUCCUGAUUGGCACGAACCGGCGCUGAUUGGUUGCUGCAGGGUGCAUGUGACCAAUCAGAGGAGGAUGCGCUCUUUCAAAUGGGGUUUCACGCCAUUUCUCCUGAUUGGGUGGCAACUUUUCUCUCCUCCCUGUGAGCUGAUUGGCGCGAUUUGUUUAAGCACCUUUCAGCUUGGUUUGGGUGAGAAGUUUGAAUUCGCCAGACUAAACCAAGCAACUUCAUAGUACUAAUUUCGGGGAUGUACAGAGCCUCGAGCCCCAGACCUUAGACAAUGAUCUGGCUCCGUACAUCCAAUCACCCUGCUAUUUGUAGGAAUUCCAGAUGGGACCUGGGGCUAUCUAGUGGUAUAGGUUUUAUCUGUGUGACCCCUUCCUUUCCUGGGGUGCUGAGCCCGAAAUCUUACCCCCCCCCCCCGUAUAUAAUGGAUUUUAAUGUGUGUCCCUGUGUACUGUUCGGAUCUCACAAAGUGGGAGAUGGCUAACUGUAACCCAGCCCCCUCCUGCCUGGGAUUGUGUUGGACUGAAUGGAGUCCCCCUGCUGAGGUCUGUGCAUAAAAGCUGUGUGUUCCAAGUAAAGAUUGUCAGAGUUUGUACCUCCAGAACUGUGUCUCGUCUGGUUACUGGAGGGAAGGAAGAUUUAACCCCUGUGUCUGCUGUUCCAGCUUGCAGGGGAUGCAGCAGGGAAAGUCCUUGUAAGGACUUAAAGAGCUAGUUCCCAUUCAUUUCCCCUGAUCCAGCUAGGAAGCAACACCUCUGGCGGAGGUACCCAGCCGGGGUACAGGAAGCUCCGCUACAGCUUCUAUAUGACCUUCUUGCCCUACCUAUUGAUUUUUCACUGAACAUUUAUAUUUAAAUACAAAGGCAUAUCAUAAGACAAAUAUGACAGCUGGGAUGACAAUUUAACUACGCUAAGGUAUAUAUGUUACUUGGUAAACUUUUCAACUCAAGUAUCAUUCUUUGGCAAGGCAUAUAAAGAGGGGAAAAAGGAGAUAUGAGAUCGCACCUACGUGAAGGCAUGUCAACCACUCCUAUGGAAAAAGAUAUCUAAAUUUAAGUAUAAGAAACAUGGGUACGUAAACAUUGAGACACCAAAUUGCACAAGAGAUUCCUGAAAUAUAUAUAUGAAAUAUAUAUAUUUUUUUAAACCAUUAAGAAAAAUAUAUGAAACUGCAGAAUGCCUUCAAUAAAAUAAAAUUGUCUCAUAUUCCAUGAAAUAAAGACUAUAACCAAUUUUGCCAUUUUAAGAAUGGGUUGUUGUUUGGAUUUUUUAAACCUGUAAUAUUUUUUGUUUUGUAUCAUUUUAAAUAAAUAUGCUAUUAUUUUAUUUGGAGUAGUUGAGCAGCCCACCAAUUUAAGCUACUGCAAUCCAGUAAUGUUGGGGGAGUCACUGAGUUUGUAUGUGCUUAACAUCAAUAACUUUUCAUUCCACAGAACAAAAGAGCCUGGUGUCAAAUUAAAGGAAGCAUCUGGCUUAAUUGAAUUAGGAAGCUGUGUGCAAGGUUUUAUGGGUGAUGUACAGCUGAUAUUUGUUACUAAGUGUUACUCUGCUUCCUCACAGAAUUAGAAGAAAAAUAGCUAGAGCUCUGGCUCUAGAUACUUUAUUUGUUUGCAUCAGUAUGGUUAUUUUGCAUACAUGUAUACUUUUGGUACCUGAAGUGUCCUUUAGUAUUAUUUUUAUGGGAACGGCUAUUAUAAAUUACGCAAUGUCAAAUUAAUUAUUUAAACUUAACUGAUCCAAAAGCAAUGUUAUUUUAUAACCACUGUAAUAUAUUUAAACAUAAUAUUCAUACAGUAAAAAUUUCAAAAUUUUUGGUAAAAGUUUAUUACAUACAUAAGUACAAUUUCCAUAUGUUUUAAAAGUAAUGUUGCCUCCCUUUAUGAUUCACAGUAUUAUAUCCAUGUGGAAAAGUUAGUGCACCUGAAGCUAUACCAAAAGUUAUCACCCGUUCAAUUUUGGAUUCUGAAGAAAACAAUUCGACCAGUAUUAACGUACAGAAUGUAACCGAGCCUCAGGAGACCUCUGACGAUAUUAUUCCUGUAACUGUAGAUCCAGAUACCAAGAUUGUUGGAGGGACUGACAGUCUGAAAGGUGAAUUUCCAUGGCAGGUACUCAUUUUUUUGUUAAUUUACUAUACAAUUUAACUUGUCUCAUCUAAAGGUAAUUUUGUGUACCAUUAUUGACCACGUAUAUUAUUAGCUAUUUACAGAUACAGGCUGUGGUGACCAAUCAGAAUUUCAGGCAAAAUGGACCAAAAUGCAAUUUACUAGCUGGUGUAAAAUGCAAUUUACUAGCUGGUGUAAGUCGCAACAUUAAAAAAAUCAUUUUAAUCUUAGCAAUACUACUCCAUACAAAACCACAGAAACCACUAGGCCAGUAGCUAUUUAUUUUAAUUAAUAUGUAAUUUUAAUAACAUAUAGCAGGUUCCUCACAACAGUUCAGAUUUCGAGGUCCUGUCCCACUGUCUCGAUUUUGUUCUCUGGUGUCUCACAUCCAGGGGAACCAAGAAACUGUUCUUGAGCAGCACACCUCCAGAGCAUUAUUAGAUGUGCUUGAGCAGUGAAUGGGCAGUAGAACACUGCAUAAGAUGUUUAGGUUAGGGGCUUAUCCAUAUUGGGCGUUACCAGUGAUGCAAGCUAUGUCAUUGGUGAUGCCCCUUAAGGGCCACCCACCUUUCCCAAUUUUAUACUUGCUAAUGUUGGAAGGUAUGAUAUGUAUAUAUAUUAAAGUCUCAUACAACUGGAUCAUUAUUAAAAAAGAACUUUGCAGAUUAUUCACAAAAAUAAAUGUUACAUCACAAUUUGAAUAGGGUUCUUCAUAAAAAUUGCAAGCUUCAUUUUUCUAGUAUCUUAAUGGCUAAAACACAGCUACAAGAGUUUUUAUCCCACUCUGACAAUUAUCCUAUUUGCCCAAUACAUUUUGUCCAACCGUGGGCUUAGUCAUAGACUAAGAGAAAUGGAAAUUGAAUGCAUUAUAUUUGUUAUAGUGACUUAUUAAUAAUAAAACACAUUGGGGAAAAAAGGGUUAAACAUGACAUCAAAUAAUAUCAAAUAGGAAUGUAAAGAUAUACAUUAAAUAAAAAAAUAAAAAAAUCCCUUUGCCAAUUUUUCUACACACCAGCAGCAAUGAUAAAUCUCUACGGAAAACACGUUUUUACGAUUCAAAAAUACCUUAGCCAACUCUUUCAAAUAUCUACUAUCUAGAAUGGUUUCUUAUCAAACAUUGUUUAAGGAUUUCACAAGUAUUAUUACGUAUGCUGAAAAGAGACAUGCGUCCAAGUUCAGCCUUUUUCACAUCUGUUUUUACUGUUGGUCCAAAUUAUCCAUCAUGUCUUUUAUAAGAAGUGUCAACUUUUUCUCUCGGGUCAAAGCAAAUCAUUAAACAGCAUUUUAAUCUGUUUGCCUGUGUGUUGUCACAUUCUAGCAACGCUCAAUGUUCUCCUUCAACAAAAUAAGCAUAAACUUUGCUGCCAUCUGGUGGAUAUAUAGUUUCUUGUAAUCUGCAAUGAAGCAUUUUAGAAACUCAAGAAUUUGGGAGCUGAUCUGCUUUCAAGUUUAAUUUAUUACAUCACCACCAAGUAUUUUUUAUGUUAUUUUGUUUUGUUAAUGCAACUACAACCUUUUAGUAAAUUACAUACAUAUAAUAUUAUCAAGAAAAAAGUCACAAAAAUCUGAAAGAGGAACAAAAAUAAAUAAUUGUUGGCACACUAAAUGUAUAUGAUCGGUUUCAUGUAAGCUUUUAAUAGCAAAAAUAUAUAUAUGGGUUUUUUUUUAGGUAUCCAAAAGUAUACAAUGUGUAUUAUUUGGGUUUCGUUAGAGAAUACUGUGAGCAAAUGUGCUGGUAGAUGCCUCCCAAUGGUCAAAGUACAGGAUUAAUUUCAACCACAAGAAAAUCAUUUUUAUGCCUUUCCCCAACACGAAAAAAUAAAUAGAAACUAUAGAAGAAUUUGUAUUAGUUACAUUAAAAUAAAAAGGGGAAUACAUAAAUUAAUACUUCUGCAUCAGAGAACAAAUAUAACAAAACUAUAUCUUUGCAAUCCAAGGUUUGCUGCGGUAGACCAGGUCCCCGUUAAAUUAAUUUUGUGAUCAAUAAAUAUUUUUGGAUUGCCAAAAAUAAGUUCUUAUAACCCUCACUGAUCAGCAAUAGCUCAACUGAUAGGAUUCAAGGUUAAAUAUCAAAGAAUAGCAUCAAGAAUAGCAUCAAUAACCAGCAAAGUCAAGCACCGUAAUUACUACCGCAUGCUGUAAUGGUUAUGGUGCCAGGUGUCUCCCCGGAGCUAAGGACAACCUGAUAGAAGGCUGUGCUCAUGAGAGCAUCCCUGCUUAACUCAGUGGAGCUAACUGGAUUCCCUUUUCAGGAGAAUCCAGAAGCAGGAACUGCACCCAUAGGCUCAGGUUAGUCGUUGGGUCACUACAGCAGAUUAUUGUGGUUAUGGUACAUAGGAUGUUUUUUUGGGUUGAGUAAUAACAUUUAGUUGCUGAGAUGUGUUUUUUUUUUUUUAAAUGGCUAAAGCUAAAUGUUAGGGAUGUGCAUGGGCAAAUAAUUUAGUUCGGCAAUUCCGAAAUUCAGGAGUUCAGCAAUUCGGCACUUCAGCAAUUCCCUAACCCUUCCCCUAACCCUACCUCUUACCCUAACCCUCCCUCUCCUGUUUUGACACUUUUCAGAAAUCCGAAGCACUUCGACACUUCCGAAAUUCUGCACUUCGGUUCAGUUCAGCACUUUGGAAAUUCGGCACUUUCGGCAAUUCAGACAUUCGGAAGCAUCCGAAUGUCUGAAUUGCCGAAAUUCUGCUGAAUUUAAAUUCAGACCGAAACGAAUUGCACAUGUCUACUUGAUGUACAUUUCCUGGUUGAACACUUUACUAAGUUUUAAAACCCUUAUAUUUUGUUGUGUAAUGUAAAUAGAUUGCUAUUUAUAAUGCAAAAUAUUUUUCUUUAUUUCCUUUGCAAAAAAUGUUACCUAAGAGUCUUUUUGAAAAUACAGCAAGAACUAUAUUGUAUCUAUGUAAUAUGUUAAUUUUUUCAAAUUUUUUUUUUCCAUGUGCAGGUCCUGUUGGUCAAUACAAACAAUGUAGGUUUCUGUGGUGGAUCAAUUGUGAAUGAGAAAUGGAUAGUGACUGCAGCCCAUUGCUUUAAUAUACCUGGAAAGUUUCUUGUAGUUGCAGGUAAACGUCAACUGACAGAUGUUAAUAGUAACAGUAAUAAUACAUUAAGCGAAUGCAGCAAGAGAUUCUUGCAUACAAUAGAAGAUCAGAUCGGUAAAGAAAGAAGAAAAUGAUUGACCGUAUUCUUUUACUCAUUAAAGGAAUACGACAAGCACCAUAACCACUGCAAACAUGCAGCCUAUUUCUGCAAUGUAAGUAGAAAAACAGCUAACUCUUUGAAAAUUACCUGUUUUUCCAAGGUUCCGACCCAUGCCUCCAUUGAGGAAGCUCCUGCACAUAGCAUCACUUAACUCACCUGAGCUAAACUCAGCUGUUCAGGUUGCACAUUGGCUGAGAGCUUGUUGCUCUCAGCCAAUGAGCUAAACCUUGUAGUGCCAGGCUUGGCUCAAUGCAGAGAGCUUCUGGCUCUCAUGGAGGAAAUGACCAGAGCCUGGUGGAUUCAAUGUAAAAUGUCAAACCAAUAGCAAUUAGUGUGGCAACUUACAUUUGGGGGGUCAGGAAACACAAUCUGUAUAGAACACUGCAGUGGUUAUGGUGCCCAUAGUGUUCCUUUAAAAAUAAUGAAUAUAUAAAAUGGAAUCUUUGUUACAAUUCCAAAUUUUGAAGAGGUAAAAAAUGGUGAGAUUGUUCUAAGGAGACUGCUCACUAAAUGCCAAAUUUGUUUUCUAUACUUUAGUUUAAUUGGUAUUGUUUCUUUUAUGAUAAAAUUCACUUUCAACCUAUGGAAACUGAAUUUAGGAAAACAGAUCCCUGCUAUUUUCAAAUGGAUCCCAAUGCUGCUGUGAGAAUUAUCUGAAAAUGGCUCCACUGAGUUGUAACCAAAUUGCUGUGGAAUUGCAGUUGAAUUCCAUUGCUGCAAUUUAAAAAAAAAAAUAAUAAUAAUAAUCUUAACCCCCCCAUUAUUUUUUUUUUUUUAAGGUGACUUAGGGAUAGAAGGACUUAGAAUUAUGAGUGCUAUUUCCUUGGUCUAUAAUAGAAGAAUUGGAUCAAGCAAAUGCAGAGAAUCCCAUUGCGGUUCAGCUGUCCAUGAACAAACAAAUCAGUUAUAUGGAGAUGUGGCUGAUUUCAACAGACAACUAAAUUGUAGCUGCAUGGAAGUGCAAAUUGCUUGAAAUAACUAAAUUUCCCUUCUGUGAGUAGCUGAAUUUAUUGCAUUCAGUUGAAACAGCUGAAAUGUGACAAUCGAGUUGUUGUUUAGUGAAUAGGUCCCUAAGUUUUAUAGGUUAAGUCGCAGCAUAUUUGUUGAAAAUGUUAAACACAAAUUAUUUACUCAUACCAAAACACUAUUUAUCAUCACGCCAAAACAUGCAUGAUUUAGUUGUGGUGCUGCUGAAGCCUAAAAAUACCACAUUUUAUAGCUGAUACAGCAAUAUGGCUGUGGACACACACAGAUAACCUUUCAUGGCUAUUUUAAAAACAUCUUUACCAUAUUAAAAAAUAUGGAGAUUAAUUCAAAUUAUAUGUCAUAUGGUCCCAUAUUGUCAAAGAAGGGACUGCAUGCUUGGUUCCUGCAACAUGUCUGAGAGGAGUAGGUGCACCCUAACUAUUGGGUAAUUGGACGAGAGAGCUAGGAUUCGCAAAUGUAGGUUAGAACCCACCAAUACUGGUGAAAUUUGUUCUGUAAAAAGUGGUGGGCAUAAACAGAAAUUGAUAGAAAAGUUAAAGAAGAAUCAGCGCUAACACGCCACAAGUUGUAAUUUAAAAAGUGUAGGCAGCACACCUAUAAAGAGACGGGUCCCCCUCUAGUACCCACCAAUAUGAGUGUAAUAUGAAAGACAAAGAAAAGCAAAAAAGGUUGCGCCUGUAAGUGAUAAAUAUAUAAAUUAACUUAACAAAUGUUCAAGUAAGGCAGUGCAAUAGUAGGUAAGGAAAGAUUCUUUACGGAGCAGCAGAUGUAUUGAUGAUAGUGAUGUCACAGAAUAAAACUUGGGAUCCAGUAGAACAUUUGGAGAGAAAGCAAAGGGGAACUCCAAUGGUAUGGUAUGUACAGGAUAUUCCAAGAGGUUUAUAAAUGAGAUACUACUUUCAUUUCCCAGAGCUAAAAUCCAGCUCUGGUUUAGAAAAGCAUGAAGUGGAAAAAUCCCCACUCAAGGAUACAUGUAGUUCUCCAAGCUUCCAAUCUUGCGUGGCAGCAGAGUAAUUCAACCAAAAAGAUAAAAGGUGGCAGAAUAUAGUGCUCACUGUAGGUAUAGAUAAUGGUCUUUUCCAUCCAGAAAUAUAGGACAAAAAGAAAAACCAAAAUAGUGUGUACCUUAAGGCACAGAAUACAAUAAAAGUGGUAAGAAAUUUACUCACAUUUGAUGGAGCAGAUGGGGACUGCUCUAUCCCUCGGGCUGGGGUGGUACAAUCCACACCACGGAUAUGGUAGUUAGAGCAGAAUAGCAGCAACAGUUGGUCUAAUAAAAAAGUUUAUUUAAAGGUAAUUAAUAUAAAAAUAUGAACAAAAAAAAUACACUCAAAGUGAGGUAGAUAAUAAUAAAUACACUUAACGUGUUUCACCUGGCAAGAGGGUUUCUCAAAACACAAAAUGGUCCUAUAGUGUGGCAAAAUCCUCAUAGAUCCUCCUCGGAACCGAGGAAAAAAUUGUCUUCCAAUAUGUCAUCUAUGUUCGAUGAAAAGAAAGAGUUAGUUCCCAGCAUCCCAGCCUAUCACAUGACAUAUCACUGGAAAGCCCAGGAUGUCCUCUUUACCAUACAGCAGGGAUUGAUAGAGUAGCUCACAAAAAUAAAAGAAGAUGCAUGUGAACGAGAUGUCCAGUACAGAGGACACAAGUUAAUGGGCUGGGUCUCAGGAGGAUAGUUAAUAUGAGAAAGGUGUUUGUAAAAGCCUUGAAAGAUUAUUUGUGUGCAUGUAGGUGUAUUAUGUUCAAAUUCAUUCUCAAACCAUGUGUCAUAAUCUUGUGAUUAGUGUAAUAAAUCAUAAUUUUAAGAAAAUGAAUGCAUGUAGACAAACACUUGUAGGACCUCUGCAAUUGGCAGUUCAGCAAAAAUUAUCCUCUUCACUGCCAAGUUCUUUUGUUUUUAAAUAAAAUUAUCAUUGAUGUAUGGUACUUAAAAAUAUGGGCAAACAACAAUUUUCUGUUCUGAUUGCUGUUCAGGUACAACUAAAAUUUUCACAUUUGCAGCUUUACUUUUUGAAGGAACAGUUUAGGCACCUAAAUUACGUUGUUAUGGUGCCAGGAGGCCCCGGUUGCACUCUUACCUUAUUGGGUUAAACUGUUCUCGAACGGUUUAACCCUGAUGCAUGCCUCCAGCGCUGAUUUGUAGGUUCCUCUGGCAGCAUCCGGCUAUAAACUCUCUGUUUCAGGAAUCACAGAGUGCUGCAGGGCAGAGGGGCCGCUGAUUAACUAGAGUGGUCAACUGAUCCUCUAUGCUAAUCGGUAGCUCCUCAAAGAUAGAAAAGAAGUGUAUCUAAAGAGUGCACCUGGGGGCUUCCUGGCACCAUAACAACUUUAUUUAGAUAAAGUUGUUAUGGUGACUUGAGUGUCCCUUUUAAUUGUAUAUUCUUUACAGGAAUUUGAUGCAGAUGCAAAAUUUUACAGAUUAUAUGAUAUCCAUUAUCUUGCAAAAUUCAGCAGCGGUUAGGCUACAACUCUCUUAAAGGACCACUAUAGUGCCAGGAAAACAAAUUUGUUUUCCCGGCACUAUAUUGCCCUAAGGGUGCCCCCACCCUCAUGACCCCCCCUCCCGCCAGGCUGAAGGGGGAGGAAGGGGUUAAAAUCUUAACUAUCUCCAGCGUCGGGCUCCCUCGGUGCUGGGGACUCUCCUCCUCCUUCCGACAUCAGCGGCAAGAGCCACGCGCACAGUCAGUCCAUAGGAAUGCUUUCCUAUGAACGCUGGCGUCUUCUCACUGUGAAAAUCAAUGUCAAUGAGACAGCCACUAGAGGCUAGAUUAACCCAAAUGUAGACAUAGUAGUUUCUCUGAAACAGCUAUGUUUACAGCAGGCAGGGUUAACCCUAGAUGGACCUCAUUAAGCUGAAGUGGUCUGGGUGCCUAUAGUGGUUCUUUAAUCAGCCAGUUUGAGAGUGCGCAGUUGGUUUAGACUGAGGUAUGCUAGUUGUUGUCCAACCCUAGUUAAGGUUGUACAACAAAAACAGAAAAUUAGAACAUAAUGUGCUGAAUGUGUGUUAUUUCAUAUUCCUUUCUUGACUGUGUUCAGUACAUUUUAACGGUUUUGAAAAGAGGCUUGUUGAAUAGGACAAGCAUGAUGUCUGGCUACUCAAACAUCUUUUUUGUUUUUAUAUACAACAAUUUUAUAUAUUUUAUUUACAGGCGAACAUAAUACAGAGAUUAAGGAGGGAACCGAACAGUACAUGAAAGUAAAACAAAUUAUUCCACACCCCACUUAUAAUGCCACCAAGAGUAAGUUCAUUAACGACAUAGCUCUUUUAGAGCUUGAACAGCCACUAAAGUUUAAUGAUUAUGUAAGACCAAUUUGUAUCGGUAGCAAGGACUUCACAGAUGAUCUACUGAAGAGUCAAUACGUUAGCGUUGUGACUGGCUGGGGAGAUGUAAGAUUCGAAGGAGGGCAAGCUAUUAUUCUUCAAAAACUCACUGUGCCAUAUAUUGACCGUGCCAUCUGUAAAAGGUCAAGUCGAUAUUCUAUCCAUAUGAAUAUGUUCUGUGCCGGCUAUUCUGACCAAAGUGGAGAUGCCUGUCAAGGAGACAGUGGUGGACCCCAUGCUACAGAAUACAACUCGUUUUGGUUCCUAACUGGCAUUACUAGCUGGGGAGACAAAUGUGCACAGAAAGACAAAUAUGGAGUAUACACCAAACUUUCUAGGUUCACCAGCUGGAUAUUGAUUAAUACAUCUCUCCAGUAGUCCAUGGAUCACCAUGCUAUAACAUAACAAUAUAAUAAAGGUCACAAGGUAACUCUGUCUUAUGUCAGUUAAUUUAAUUUUCAACAAUACAAAAUAUUGUAUAAUAUAUAUAAAAAUGUUUUAUGCUUUAUGAGG